GGAAAAAAUAGUUAGAAGAAAAUGGUCUAUUUCCUGUACCAUUUGCUUGAACAUGUCCAUAAACCGAAGGGGAGCAUGAAUCCUGGCUGACGAUACAUACCAAUGGCCGGAACGUCUCUGAAACCCCUGUCUCCGCCGGAAUGGGAGUCGCUAAUCGACGACUACAACCUAGGCGGCGCCGCCCGCCUCCAACGCUGGACCGGCGGUGCUCCUUUAUUCGACCUCUGCCUCUCCUCCCUCCUCCGUAAAGAUUUUCCCCUCCAACUCAAACUUCAUAUCCUCACUUUCCUCGAGCAUCACACGCUUGAAGAUUCGCCGCCGCCAUCGUCCUCUCUGUCCCGCCUGCUCGAUGCCCUUCGCUCCGUCAUUCAGUCCCCCAAUGACCCAUUUUCUCUCAAAGACCAAUUCCUCAUCUCCACCGCCGCCAUUUUCAUCACAUCGCUAUUGGAUAACAAUGAUUUAAGCAGCUGCGCUCCACUCAGUGGCCUCGUCGAGCUCUUGUUGACUAUUAUCAAUCGCCCCAAUCACGGCCUCGAUCGGCAAACGCGCGGAAUCGCGUGUGAGUGUUUGCGGCAAUUGGAACUGGCUUUCCCUUGUUUGCUUUCCGAAAUUACUCCCCAUUUGUGGUCCUUGUGCCAAAGCGAACGGACCCAUGUUUCACAGUGGUAUGUUCUGUUAUUGUCCACAACCAUACGCAAUAUUGUCAAGCUGAAGCCGAGUGACACUAUUGCGUCUAUUAGUAAUGCUACGGUCCCUUUAAUUCCGUUCAAUUUCCCGCAGUUUUUGAUUGAUGGGGUUGGUGCGGAUUUCGUGUGGAAGGAGAAGGAGAUUUGUUACAAGGAGCUGCGGAGAGUUGUUGCGUUUUUGCUGGAGUGCCCGCAAUAUUUAACUCCAUAUGGAUUGGUGGAGUUUAUGGCUGCUAUUAUUCCUGUAGCUGAAGAGCUAGAACUUCAGGCUUCUCUGCUGAGGGUGCAGUUCUCAUGGUUGCUGUACACGUUCGAACCAUUGCUUUGUCAUGUUUUCUUGGGACUGUAUUUGAAGUUUUUGGAUUCUUUUGAAGGACAAGAAUUUGAGGUAUCUUCUCGCAUAUUGUUGAUGUCGAAAGAAUCACAACACCAUUUGGUUUUUAGGUUGUUGGGACUUCACUGGAUAUUAGGCUUCUUUGCUUUGAUAGUUGGUAAGGAUGAUACAAGAAAGAGAAGCAUCCUUGACAUGAGAUUAAGCUUUUAUCCUACAAUUUUCGAUUCCCUGGCUAUGAAAGCCUUGAAGCUUGACUUGCUUGCAUAUUGCUCUAGCUUGCUCGCUAAUCCUGGAGAUGCAAGUGGUGUAAAGCAUGUGGAGGCUGAUAAGGAGGUGUAUGAGGUGAAGCUAUUCAAAGAUGGCCUUGUUUCCGUGUCAGCUUUCAGAUGGCUGCCUCCAUGGAGCACAGAAACUGCAGUGGCAUUUCGCACUUUCCAUAAAUUUCUGAUUAGCGGAUCACCGCAUUCUGAUGCUGCUGGUUCUUCAGUUGGUACUCUUAUUGAGUCAAACAUCUUUUACACCUUACAGAAAAUGCUGGUGGACUCGACUUUGGAAUUCAAGGGAUUAGUUCCAGUAACUGUUGCAUGCAUAGAUCGCUUGUUGGGAUGCCACAAGCAUCGCUGGUUGGGAGAGCAUCUUCUCAAAACUCUGGAUAAGCAUCUGCUUCCUAAGCUCAAAAUAGAUUAUAGCCUGGGAUCUUACUUCCCCAUAUUUGAGAGAAUUUCUGAAAUUGAUAAAGUUUCACCUAGUGGGCUGUUAAAUCUCCUCAUGAGAUUCAUGGUUUUCCUUGUAAAGAAACAUGGUCCUGAUACAGGGUUGAAAUCUUGGUCCCAUGGCAGUAAAAUUCUUGCCAUUUGUCGAACAAUGCUGAUCCACCACCCCAGCUCUAGCUUAUGCACUGGAUUAUCUCAUCUUCUUGAAUCUACUUGUCUCUAUUUUCCUGAUCUGGAGGUUCGAGACAAUGCGAGAUUUUACCUGCGAAUGCUUCUCUGUAUACCGGGAAAAAAGCUCAAACACAUACUGAACACGGGGGAAAAUUUACCUGGGAUAUCUCCAUCCACUCAUCCCGACUCAUUCUUUAGUCUUCAGUCUCUUCAAUCUUUCCCCGACCUUAAGAGGUCUGGCAGUAUCGCUUCUUAUAUCCAUAUAAAACGUGUGAUGCCUUUAUUGGUGAAGCAGUCAUGGUCCCUAUCUCUGCCAAAUCUUGGCAUCAGUGCUGACAAACCUGGAUUCUUUGAGGGCAUCAGGGAUAAUGAGCCAACAAGCGAGGAAAGGGGCUCUGACAUAAGUAUGAAUGACGAUAUUAUCUCAGAAAGUGAAAUACUUCAACAAAAAGUGCCUUUGCGCGUUAUGGAUGCAAAAAUUUCAGAGAUUGUGACGGUACUGAGAAGGCAUUUCUCAUUUAUUCCUGAUUAUAGACAUAUGCCGGGCCUCAAGAUUAAGAUCUCCUGUAGUUUGAGAUUUGACUCGGAGCCAUUUGUUGGUAUAUGGGAAGUCAAUACAUCAGCUAAUGUGUUGGAUGAAGUGGACAAACUUCCUGCAUUAUACGCCACGGUUCUUAAAUUUGCUUCUUCUGCGCCAUAUGGACCUAUUUCGUCAUUUCAUGUUGCCUUCCUUCUUGGCUCACCACCUAAAAAUGCUAAACCUUUGAGCCAAACCGAUUCAUUAGCUAUUGUUCCAGUGGAGAAUGGUCACCAUGUCGAAGAAGAUGACUUCAUGGCUCCCGUAUCUAUAGAAUUGGAGCCACGGGAACCAAUGCCUGGUCUGGUUGACGUCUUCAUUGAAACUAAUACAGACAAUGGUCAGAUAAUCUGCGGACAGCUUCAUAGUGUCUCUGUGGGAAUUGAGGAUAUGUUUCUGAGAGCUAUUCUUCCAGAUGAUAUUGCUGAAGAUGAUGCACCUCUUUAUUAUGUGGACCUAUUUAAUGCGUUAUGGGAGGCCUGUGAGACAUCAUCUAGCACAGGUAGAGAAACCUUUGUCUUGAAAGGUGGAAAAGGGGUUGCUGCAAUAAGUGGGACUCGGUCUGUAAAACUAAUUGAAGUUCCCGCGACAUCUUUGGUUCAAGCUGUUGAGCGUCAUCUUGCGCCUUUUGUUGUUUGUGUUAUUGGUGAACCACUUGUUGAUAUGGUGAAAGCUGGGGGUGUGAUCAAGGACAUACUGUGGAAGGAUUUCAGUUCAGAUUCUUCACUUGAUGUAACUUGUUCACCAACUAGUUCUAGAGGGCCCCUUUAUCUCAAGUACUUUGGCGAUGAAGAUGAGGGAGAGGGUCAAAUCCCAAGUAGUAGGAAAAAUAUUGGUUACUUCCACAUUUUGAUAUUUCUUCCACCAAGAUUCCAUCUUCUUUUCCAAAUGGAGCUUCGAGAUUUUUCAACUCUUGUUCGGAUUAGAACUGAUCAUUGGCCAUGCUUAGCUUAUGUUGAUGACUAUUUGGAAGCUUUAGUUUUGGACUGAAGCUCGUCUUGUACUCCAAAGUGAUUGUCUUCUGUUCAUUCUGCCUUUGAACUUAAGAUCUUCGCUUGAAAUUCUUUUAUUCUUGCCUCAAAGAAUAAGGCCUUUUUGUGCUUGAAGUAUGGAACAGGUAGAGCACUCUUUUCUGUCCUUUUAUAUGUUUGACAUUCACGGUGCUCUUAACUUGCUAUAGUGGCGAUGUACAUGGAACGGUGAUUUUCAACUUCUUAUGAUUCAGAUGCAUGCACCCCCGCCUGAUGAAAAGGAACCUUCAGCAGAGCUUCUUAAUUCACUCCUACAUUGAAAAUGAUCGCACAGGUACAAAGUGGACAGUGUGAAACGUAAAGACGCAAAAUCAAGAUCCAGAUCAAGCCAUGGUUUCUAGCUACAGUAAUCAUAUAGUAUGAGUUACGUGUGGAAGAGAGACGAUGGUGGAGAGGAAAACCAGGGUAUCAGAUGACGACAUGACAUUGAUGAAGUAAGAUUUGAGACAUUAUGGCACUAAAAAUUGAACUCAUUUUUAUUAACAAGCAAGCGUAUUACAAGGUCUCAAGCAUCUUGUGGCGAUCUGCAGUUGAGGUUCCCUGUGCAUAAAGUAUUCGAUUGUAUACACUUUAAUAGUAUAUCUUCAUUUUAGAGUCAAAUGUUGCUUUCUCUUUGAGAAAAUUCAUGGACGCGAAUUAUUCAGACAGACGUUUCUUUCGCGUCUGUCCGAUGAGUUUGAUCUAGAUUUUAGGUUCUGUGAAAAUUGAUUGUUCCUUUGCAUUGAACUUCCGGAAGUCGUAGAAUGUAUGACUUGUAAACAAUCUGAUACACUUGAAAGUUGAGUUGGAAAUUGGAAUAAAUUGAAAUCUGGGAUUGAAUGUUUGA